AUGUCUAGUGACGUGCAGCAGAGACAAAACCAACUUACUGGGAUUCAAUUGCUACAAUCUAGUCAAAUAGAAAACUCUCUCUGCGCAAUGCCUGAGAAAGAAUCAAGUGAUCUGUUGCUGAAGCAGAAUCCAGAAAAUAGUAACCCUACAUCUCAAUCAUCUGUAACACCCAAACUAGAAUCAAAUGAUUUGCAGCAGAGACAAAAUACUGAUGCUGGAUGUGAUGGAUCAGAAUUAUGCGAAGCAGACAGAGCUCUGUUUAUUAAAAGGGAGAGCACAUCUGAUAUUGUGGUGGAAAUAAAAAGUUCAAAUCCAGAGAACCAAUAUGAUCUAGACCAAGACAUUUAUUUUACAAGAUCAGAUAAAGCUAUGGAGAAAUUGCAGCCAAGGCGGAACCCUGACACUGGAGUUCAUAAGUUACAAUCAAAUCAAGAAAGUAUUCCCUAUGGAAUACGUAUAAUCCCCAAAACACUUGAUGAUUUGCAGCCAAGACAGAGCCCUGAUGCUGUACUGCAAAAGUCAGAAUUGGGGGAGGAAAGAAUUGUUACUGUCAAAAAAGAGAAGGCUACAGAUGUUGUGCCUCCAGUACCAAGUUUCAUAUCUGACAUACCUGCAUCACAAUAUCGCCAGCAGAAAUCCACUUAUUCGACUAUACCAGAGAAAGCUCUUGCAAAAUUGCUGCCAAGGCGGAACCUUGACAAUGUAGCCUGUGGUUUACAAUCUGAUCAAGGAAGCAUUCUCUCCAGUGUCUCUGAGAAAGUGUCUGUUAUACCGAAACAAGAAUCUAAUAAUCUACACUCUAAACAAUGCUGGGGUGCUGGAUACCAUGAGUCGAUGAGCAAUGAAGAAAAAUCUGUUUCUAUAAAAAGGGAAAUAGUCUCAGAUAAUUUUCCACUAAUACCAAGUUCUGAACUUGAGGAGCCUGCAUCACAUUCCGAUCAACAGCAUUUUUCAUUUUCUACAAGACCUGAGAAAGCAGAGAAAUUGCCACCGAGAAGGAACCCUGACCCUGGUGUUCAAGGAUCACAAUCUGAUCCAGAAAGCACUCCCUCUAAAGUACCAGAAAAAGUAUUAGAUGAUGGCUACAACUGGAGAAAAUAUGGGCAAAAGCUUGUGAAAGGAAACGAAUUUAUUCGAAGCUACUACAAGUGUACUUACCCUAAUUGCCUUGUGAAGAAGCAAGUGGAGAGAUCACAUUAUGGUAAUCUAAAAGACGUUAAUUACCUUGGGAAUCAUGAACAUCCUAAACCACAACACAGUCCCUAUGUGGCCACUGGCCUUCUAGUGCGGACAGCAGAGUCACUGGUCAUGACUGCAUCAGAAGGUGUUGCUGAGCCAAUUGCACCUGGCAAUGCAUCUCAACGUAUGAAACCAAGAGAGACCUCACAGCCAUUGCCUGUGGCAGAAACUGGUGAUGGGGAGGCAGGUGCAGUUUCACAGUCAAGCACAGAAAUCUGUGAUGAAAACGAUAGCUGUCGAGACUCGAAACGACAAAAGAGAGAGAUUUCUGGUGUUGAUGAUAAUCUGAAUAAACCCAAUUGUGAAUCACGGCAUGUUGUUCAGACUAUUAGUGAGAUUGAUGUAGUGAACGAUGGCUACCGCUGGCGAAAAUAUGGGCAGAAAUUUGUUAAAGGCAAUCCAAACCCAAGGAGUUACUAUAGGUGCACCCAUACUGGUUGUCCAGUUAAGAAACAUGUGGAAAGGGCUUCCCAUGAUCCAAAGAUGGUUAUUGCAACAUAUGAAGGACAGCAUGACCAUGGUACCCCUCCAUCUAAGUCCGUCUGCAAAAAUACUGCUGGAAGUGACACUAGUAUGUCUAUAAAUGGUGAAUCCAGAUCAACUGCCGGAGAAAACAAACCUGUUGGCUUAGACAUGGUUGUUCAUAUUAGUGCAAAAACUCAAUAA